AUGAAAUUAUUGGCAAUAUUUGUUUUAUAUAAGGAAGACGAUGGAAAAGUAAAAGUACUUCAAGAUGAAUUUAACCUGGGAAGUUUUGGUUAUUUUGAACGUUAUUAUGUAAAACAAUUACUUGUCUUUUCAGCAAGAACAAUUACUGAACGUACAGCUUUAUGUACAAGACAGUCUGUCGAAGCUGAUCUAAAUGUUAAUGGCAUAGUUCAUGUUUAUGUUCGUCCGGAUGGUCUAGCAUCAGUUAUUAUUUCUGAUAGUGAAUAUCCACAACGAGUUGCACAUAUUCUUCUGAGUAAAGUUAUGAAUGAUUUUACUACUAGAUAUCCAUCCGCUUCAUGGGUAAAUAUGAAAGAACAAACGGGUAAAUUGGCAUCACUAAGUGAGUCUUUCAAGAAAUAUCAGAAUCCACAAGAAGCUGAUCCAUUAAUGCGUCUUGAAAAAGAUCUUGAUGAUACCAAAGAUAUUCUUAUAAAAACAAUGAUUAAUGUACUUGAUCGAGGUGAAAAUCUUGAUGAUUUAUUUGCACGCUCACAUGAUUUAAGUUCUGCGACCAAAGAAUUUGCUAAGACGGCAAGAAGAAAAAAUCAAUGUUGUACUUUAUUCUAA